AAAACUUUAAUCCAUACGCUGCGGAAGAAGAUGCACGGAAUGCGAUGACAGUGCGCGGCCGACCAUCGCAGUUCGCAAUGGAGGAACCGAUGAUAUAGGCACCGUACGCGUACGCCGAUUGAUGCCAUUGCAAUAUCAGCAACUUCCCAGGACAGGCCUUCGAUGUUGGUGGCGUUCACUUGAGGCUAAGAUCGUCCUUAGAUCACAAUCGUCCGAUAUACGGGAGUGUGGGAAGUGCGCUAGUGGCAACGUGUGGUGUGUGUUCGGUGUGCUUUGUGACUUCAAAUAUUGUUUCUGUCCGCCCAGAUUUCGAUCCGCCGAAAGCGGGCCGUGCAUACCGAAAACCCCUAUCGGUGGCCAGUGUUGGUGGUGCAUUGUAGCUUCCAUCGGUUCUUGCUUCCUCCUUCUCCUCCUGACAAAAGGACCGUGCGCCGUGGGCUGUGCCAAUGUUACUCACCAAGCUGGAGAUUGCAGUCGGAAAUCCUACGCUGAAGCGGAAAUAUAGUGGCACGUACGCGGUACAGAGGAAAAAAAUGGACGCCAUAAAUUGGAAUAAAAUUAUGUACAUCUCGCAGGAGGAGAAGCUGAUAUACUUUGACCAGAAAACGUACAAACUACCGGAGGCGAUACUGAACCUGUACGCCGAUCGGGUUCGGCACUUGGACCUGAGCCACAACAAACUGUCGGCAUUCGAUGCACUCGAAUUCUUUCCGUACCUUGAGGAGCUGGUACUGGACAACAACUAUCUUACGGACGAGAUCAUCUUUCCGGCGCAGCUUAACCACGUAAAGCUGCUGUCGCUCAACAACAAUAAGUUUAAAAAUCUUGACCUUCUGCUCACGAAGCUGUCGCUGUGCUUCCCGAAUCUCGAAUACCUGAGCCUGUUGGGUAAUCCCGCCUGUCCGUGCCAUUUGCUGAACCUCAAGUACACAGAGUACGACUAUCAAAAGUAUCGGUUGUACAUCAUCCGGCACCUGCCCCAGCUGCGCAUCCUGGACAGUCAGCGGGUGAAGAAGAUGGAACGAGAUUUCGUGCGCUGCCAGCUGGAGAGUUACGGCGAAACGCUCGAUCACAACAGCGGAAGUUCCCGUUCGCGACCGGCGGGCCGCAAAACGAACGCCCUAAAGCACCUCUACACCGCGGUCAGUGCCGGGUUGGGAUUGCGCCGAAAGGUGGCCCCUAUCUACAGUCCGCUGCCGGAAACGUUGCGCGAGGUGGGAGAUCAUCGCGGCGCGUACGGCAGGUGCCGUUACCGGUACGUGGGCGCUCAGUCCGAGGGGAACCGAUUCAUACUGAACAACGACUUAUGAAUGACCACCGGGUGGUGCUUUAUUCGUAUCCUUUUACGUUUUUUUUUACGUUAGAAUGAAGAAGAAAGUGGAAUUCAACGAGAAA